UGGGUCCGAGACUUCAGGUGCUAUUUGAAUCAAUGGCGGUAGGCCGGACUUGAGAGGUCUGGUCCCAAGGGGAGUUGAAAAAGUGCGCAGGCCGAAAUUGGAGUUAUCUCCUGAAUGCUUUACGGUGGUGGACCCUCGUGACAGUGUCCAAGUGCGUCCCCAAGCAAAGGUGAAAUGCCCAAACGAGCGCCUCCCAGCAUCGCCGAGCCACCCAAGAAGAAAGCCGUUAAGAAGGCACCGAGGGUAGCUGCCAAUGGACACCGUUUGCCAGAUCCCCUGCCUGCUGGUGAGGUCCUCACGGACCUUUUCAAGAAGCAGUGGCGCCUCGGCAAAGCGGUGGGCUUGGGCGGAUUUGGGGAGAUCUACCUAGCGUCUGACGAAGUCUCCAAACCUGUGGAUGCCAGUGCAGCGUACGUCAUAAAAAUUGAACCUCAUAGCAAUGGCCCACUGUUCACUGAAAUCAACUUCUACCUCCGCGUGGGAAAAGCUGAACAGAUCGAUCAAUGGGUCAAGCAGAGGAAGUUGGAUUACCUGGGCAUGCCUCGCUUCCGAGGUUCCGGGUCCCAUGAGCACAAUGGUGUCAAGUACCGGUUCAUGGUGAUGGACAGGUUUGGCGAGGACCUGCAGAAGAUCCUUGACCGGCAGGGCAAGACGCUCCCCUUGAAAACUGCCUUCAGCCUCGGGAUGCGCGUGAUUGAUGUGCUGGAGUACGUACACAGCUAUGAAUACAUCCAUGCCGAUGUCAAGGCGUCCAACCUUCUACUAGGUUUUGGCAAGGGCAACGAAAACAAGGUGUACUUAGUGGACUUUGGUUUAGCCUGCCGAUACACGCAAAAUGGCAAGCACAAGGAAUACAAGGAAGACCUCAGGAAGGCACACGACGGCACGAUCGAGUUUACAAGCCGCGACGCCCACAUAGGCGCCCACUCACGAAGGGGUGACAUAGAGAUCCUGGGCUACAACCUGCUCCAGUGGCUGUGUUGCCGGCUGCCCUGGGAGGACAACCUCAAAAACCCUGAGUACGUCAGCCAGCAGAAGAGCAGGCUGAUGGAAGACAUCCCCCUUCUGAUCAGCAAAUGCUUCCCGCACGGAGACAUUCCAUGUGGCAUCACUGAGUUCCUCCAGUAUGUGGCCUCCAUGAAGUUCGAGGACACGCCCGACUACAAGCGGCUAAAAAGGAUCCUCGAGAAGGGCAUCCAGGCGGCCGGCUUCAAGCCAGACGGCCGGCUACUGUUCACGCCACCAAGGACGCCGCGCCGGAACUCCUUUUCACCAAAGGUGUGUUUCUGUGCCUCCCCUAUGGAGCUCAUCAUGGCAAAGUGGCAACCAAAGAAGCCCGUGCUGCAAGAGAUCAUCCUUGCCGAGGACAGCAUGGAUGACGAAAGCGGGGAGGACGAGAACGUCGUCAAAAAGCCACCACCGGCCAAGAUCGCCCGUGGCCGCACAACACCUGUCCGGAGGAACAACCGCCGGUCACCCGCAGCGUCCAAGUCUGCCUCAGACUUCAGCGACCUCAAGCUCGAAACCGAGCGAAAGCCGGUCAAGAAGAAGGCAGUGUCAGCUCUCUCGGCCAGGACGAGUUCUAAGGACUCGCGGAAGAAUGGCUUCUGCGAAGACAGCAACAGCAUGGGCCUGGACAACCCUACUCCGGCCAUGCUGGAGGUUCUCCAACGCAAGCAGGCCCUACUGGCCCAACAACAGGAAGGGCUGCUGCCUUCGAAUGGCCGCAAGCGUUCCAGCACCUCUCCGCCGGCCAACCACUGUCCCUCGCCUCUGUGGGGGGACAGCUCUCUGUCGCCCACCCAGACCUGCGAUGCCGCCGUGCAGGCAGACGACAGCAACGCACCUCGACCGUCGAGAAGUGACCGGGCAGCCCGAAAGCGUAACUCUACGUACCACCUGUUCCACCGGCUGUCAGACCGAGGCAUCCGACGCGGUCUAGAGGCGGCGACGGUCAAGAACGCAGUGUUUGGUACAGAGUCAAGAAAAGAAGUUGAAGGUGGUUCCGAGCACUGCGCUGUGCAUUAUGUGCGUGAGAGACGUCAGAAAAAAAAAGAAAGGUCACCACAUUUUCCUUCGAGGCUUUCAUCGACAUAGCAAGAGUUUCUUCAAAAUGGCCACCUUUGCCAGCGUGUACAGACUUCUUGUGCUGCUCUGUGGUGCGCCUGCAGUUGUUUUCAAAGAAAAAUAAUGUUGGACGAUCGAAUUCAAUGCAGUCUUUAGCUGCCCAAUCCAAGCAUUUUCUUAAACCCAGACUCCCUGUCCCUUUUUUCUCCAAUUAUUUUUAUACCUUCCUUCUCACUUUACUUUAAUAGUGGUAUGUGAAGUCAUACAUACCUCUCGACACUUUAUAGGCUUUUUUUAUUUUCUGCUUCACGUAGUCACCUGCCAUUUGCUCGGGCCGUUCGUUUUUGUGGUGGUCUUGUACAAACGCCUUGCCCGUAGUUGUACAUAGAUGUUGGGCAUUUCAUCUUGGUGUUGCCAGGGCACGCCAUUGCAUUUUUUUACUCCCCCUUCUGUGUUACCAUUUUGUUCUCUUUGAAGUAGCUCAUUUUUUAAAGAAAAUAAUAAAAAAACUUGCUAGCCUUGGCGUUGACA